UUUCAUCUUUAAUUCAUCCAUAACUUCUAGUGGCGUCAAGCACAUCGCUCUUGAACAAAUCUCUCGAUUAAAUUACGACUUGGGAAGGUCGAGAGAAGAAGAUAUCUCCAAGAUGGAGAAGAGUGGGAUCGAUGUCUCAAAUCAGACCCCACGGCGGGGUCUCAGAACGCCCACUCGUAUGCACAUCAGCCUUCUCCUCAGCCUCGCAUUUCUGUCUUGGAUCGUGUAUCAACGAUAUCCAACCGAGGUGCAGUAUGGACAUCAAUACGGCCAUGUUGUGAAGUUCACCGACGCUGAGAGACCGGCCGAGGAAUUCGCUUGGACCAAGAUUACUCCCACAAAACAUCUCGAGUAUACACCAUGUUACGGGAAGUUCGAGUGUGCACGUCUCGAUGUCCCAAUGGACUACAAUUCCACUGCCUCGGAUGCAUCCCGAGUGGCGGUGGCUAUUAUUCGAUAUCCUGCCCCGGUCCCUCUGAUCCAUCCUCAAUAUGGAGGACCGAUUCUUCUGAAUCCAGGAGGGCCAGGUGGCUCAGGAGUUAACCUCGCACUUUCAUGGGCCGAAACAAUCUCAAAGAUUGUCAAUCCUCCUCUCAACAGCUCAGCUUAUGGGAGUACAGACGCCAAAUUCUUUGAUAUCGUAUCGUGGGAUCCCCGAGGAGUCAAUAACACUACACCACAUGUUGAAUGCUUUCCUGAUAACUUCUCACAUGAUGUGUUUAAGCUUCAGAUGGAGUCUGAGGGGUUUGGCUCAAUUGAAGCGAAAUCCAAUAUGUGGGCAAGAUCUAACGCUUUGAGCUCUGGAUGCUCGGAAAAUGCAUCUGAGAUCAUACACCACAUGAAUACUGCCACUGUGGUAGCUGACAUGGUGGAAAUCAUUGAAAGACAUGGCGAGUGGAGAAGCAAGCAGACUGAGAUCUGGGUUGAUACUCCAAGUUGGAAGCAAUCGACUGCCGAACUUCAUUGUGACCAUCCUUUUGCAAGGAAACCAAUCCUGGAAAGAACUCGGUAUCGAAAGGGAGAAGAGAAGCUUCAAUACUGGGGCUUUUCAUAUGGCACCCUUCUUGGAGCUACCUUCUCAGCACUCCAACCCCAUCGUGUUGGAAGAGUUAUCAUUGACGGGGUGUGCGAUUCUACAGACUACUACAAGACAGGCUGGCUCAGCAAUCUUCGCGACACAGACAAGAUUAUGGACAAGUUCUAUUCUUACUGCAGCACUGGCGGCAAUGAGAAAUGUCCCUUGAACACAGGCAGUCUAUCUCCAGAAGAAAUCCAAGCCGUGGUAGAGAAUAUAGUAUCAAGCGUCAAAGACGACCCAAUUUCGGUCCCAGGAACAGCUAGUAGAGGACCUGAUAUCAUCACCUACUCCGAUGUCAUGAACCUCAUCAAAGACGUCGUUUACACACCCUUGAAACUGUUCCCCAUCCAAGCCACACUUCUAACAGACGUGGCCUACGGAAACGGCUCCGCAUUCGCCGACUACAAAGCCAAACAUCACGAACCAAGCUGUCCUCUGAACAAUUGCGAGAAAGGAGCUCAGCCUUGCGUGGUACCUACCGAGCGAGUGGGUGUAGGAAUACUAUGCUCAGACGGCGAAAGUAUCCAAGACUGGACGAAGAAAGACUGGUUCGACAGGGUGGAGACCCUCGUUGGGCAAAGUAAAUGGAUGGGUGAGUACUGGAGUAGUAUCACCAUGAACUGUGCAUCGUGGAAAGGAAGGCCGAAGUGGAGCGUCAAGCCGGAGGAUAUUACUGGGAACACAUCACACCCUAUUCUCUUGAUUGGGAAUACCCUGGAUCCGGUAACGCCGCUUUACAAUGCAUUUCUAAUGCAAAAGAAGUUCCCCGGCUCCGGAGUCUUGACUCAAGACUCGGAAGGCCAUUGCACCCUCGCCUCGCCUUCCCUAUGCACCGUCAAAGCGAUCAGAAACUACUUUCAGACAGGCGCUCUGCCGGCCCCAGGAACGGUCUGCCAACCAGAGGAACUACCCUUACUUGGGAAAGUGAGCAGAGAUAUCUCGACGCUUAGCGAGGUUGAUAGAGAGUUGUUGCGUAUUAUUGAGGGUAUUAAGGAUUUAGAUGGACCUCGGUUUUUCUAGAUUUGAGUCUUUCUAUGCUUCCCCGCCUCAAAACAAUAGGUCAAUGUAGGACCAGGCGAGCAGGGAACAGCAUUGCAAUAGGAUGUUGAAGCAAUUACAUGCGAAGAGUGGAUAUAUACUGUAUUCUCAUCGAAUACACAAUGGGAGUUAAGUCCCUACCAUAGCAUAGCACAAUAACUCCAAACCAUAAAC